AUGGGCUGCUGUAUCUCAACCUUGCGUCUCCUUGUCCAGUCAGACAAGGUCCCUGAUGUCGAUUCUCAACUAAGAGAAGAACCCAAAAACAGUCGAUUGAUACACAAAUCUCAGAUGGCGGAGCAAAGCGGUUCCUCAACUUCUAAAUCGGAUGUCAAUUGGGGCCGAAUAGUGAGAGAUGGCAAACUACAAAACAAGUUUGGUCACGAUUUCUUACCCGCAGACAAAAUUGACCAGUACUCCACAAGCGAAAUCAUCAUGAGCGUUCUCAAGAAAGAUGACAGGUUAGAGUCUCAAAUAAGGGAAUUAGAGGAAUAUAUCAGGGUCCGACCAGCAAGACUAAGUUUUCUACUCCUCGUUUCGAUCUACAGAGUUUCAUGGAUACAAACAUUAGCAGACCCAAAGUACGACUUUGGUGAUGAUGAUCUUCCCAACUUCAUAAUGGUCGAUGACUCUCCUGUACUGCGUCGGAAUCAGAAAGAUAUUAGAAUAUUGUUUUGUGAGAGCGAUGUCCCGCGCGACGAUGAUGGCAACGAUAUUCGGCUGUUUAGACACGAACGGUGGUCUUUUCUAGCUCCGGUAUUUACCACAACCAACUUCUAUCAGGAACUUGACGAUUCAGUCCCACUACCCUUUCUGGACGUUCCAGACACUCCUACAAAGACAGGAUCAUUUGGCACGAGUAAUGGAAGGAACGUUUUGGUUGCUCUGAAGACGAUAAACAACUUACCACAAGAUAAUUGGUUUAUUCGUGAGAUGAAGGUCCUACAAAGGAUCCAGAUUAUCGUUAGUGAGAGCCCAGGCCUUCAUUUGAUCACCCCAAUUGCCAGCUACAAACUCAAAAAGGACACCGGGGGUUGUAUUCUAUUCCCAUGGGCCGAGGGUGGAAACCUGAAAGACUUUUGGGAUAGAAACGACAACAAAGCGGGUGUUUUACAACAAAAGAGCCGUACAACUGGUUUGAGCAAGAUGAUAUGGACCUUGAAACAGAUGCAAGGACUUUGUAAGGCACUGGUUGAACUACACAGACCUCAUACUGCUGAAGGUGCCUUGAAAUCGAAUGAGGACGAUCCACAUUUCCGUCAUGGAGACUUGAAACCGGAGAAUAUCCUCGUAUUCCAAGAAGGUACCACAGAAAUCUUGCGUAUUGCUGACCUUGGAUUGGGGCGGUUUCAUCUAAAGUCGACAGAUGGGCGAAGGAAAGCAAAGGAGUACACCAAGACAGUUACUGGAACAACUCGAUACAUGCCUCCCGAGUUCAACGACGACAACCACAUAUCCAGGAAACUCGAUGUUUGGUCUCUGGGUUGUUUGUUUAUCGAAUUCAUCAUCUGGGCCGCAUGGGGCUUGGAAGGGCUCGAUCAAUUCAAUAAGCUUGACAACGACGAGUUCUGGCAAAAGAGGAGCAACUCACGCAACGUUGUUCAUGAUAACAUAUCUUCGUGGAUGCAGAGUAUGAGAAAGGUUCUGUCUCCAAGAACUGCCCUUGGCGAUAUACUUAGACUCGCCUCUUCAGACAUGUUGAAGAGAUUGGACGAACGGUGCAGCUCUCAGGAGAUUUACACCAAACUGGAAAAGAUCGUCAGGAAUGCCCUGGAAGACGAGGAUUAUUGUUUGGAUUGGGACCACAAGGCAAACAUUUCGAAUCAUACUUUACCUGAUGGUGGAUCAGGGUCACAGAGUCGUGGCCAAAAAGAAGUAACCGAGAUGAAAGACAUAUGGACGCCGCAUACUGAUAAUGACUUCGCCCGAAACCUGUUGGACAUUCUUGGAUCUGACCGCCAUGGAUGGAUCUCAAGCACUUCAUCUUCUACCCUUGAAGCUCUGACUUUGUGCAGAGAUUGCUCAAACGUGGAAUUUUGGAAACCAGAUCUGACGUUCGAAGUUACUUUGAGCUCAUUGGCUGGCUCCAGUGGAUGUCGACUCUGCGCGCUGAUUUAUGAAUCACUUGGAAGACCCGACCCAUCGACAAAUGUAGAUAAAAUCUCGAUCCAAAGGAACGGACCAACUUUCGAAGUUGAAGGCGGCAAUCGGCCAAUAUUGUCACUUUACACUGACCCAGGAUCCAAACUAUUUGACGAUGAAGUCUCUCAGAUCGGAACGCCGAGACUACCUACGCCUGGGAGUAGUGAACAAUUAUCACUGUUCAAAGAGUGGAUUCAAGUAUGUGACAAUACUCACGACCAUGCGGCGACCUCCAUGCCAUCACCCAUGUCAAGCAAUGGCAGUCUUCCCACGCGUGUCAUUGAUGUUGGUACUGUGUCUACUCCAUUGUUACGCCUUGUUAAAAGCGAGGACAUGGUUUCUACCAUUUACCUGGCACUCAGUCAUCGCUGGGGCGAUGACCCCAAACAGCAUUUAGGACAGACCUUUAAGCAGAAUCACGCUACUAGGUACAACAAAAUCCAUCCGGAUGAGCUUCCUUUGAACUUUAAGGACGCGAUUACUGUUACAAGAGGAAUCAGGGUACAGUAUCUGUGGAUCGACUCUCUGUGUAUAAUUCAGGACGACAAUGAUGAUUGGAAUCGCGAGUCAGUAAGGAUGGAACAGGUAUACAGCAACGCCAAAUGUGUAUUGGCGGCCAGCUCUGCCAAUUCGUCGAUAGAAGGGUUUCUUAACCGAAGCACUGCUUCUCCAUCAUAUGUUACGCUUCGUUCUGAAUCAGGCGACAUGAGCUAUGUUAGCAAGAACAUUGACAACUUCAAAGCCGAUGUUGACGAAGCCAUCCUGAACACUCGAGGUUGGACACUUCAAGAGAGAGCACUGGCUCGACGCACAAUCCACUUUUCCAAGAAUCAGGUCUACUUCGAAUGCAGCAGAGGAAUCCAAUGCGAGAGUCUUAUCCGAUAUACCAAUGAGAGAGCUUCAUUGCUUGGAGACUCAGACUUUCCAAGUUCUGUCGAGACACGCUACAAAGGAGGAAGAGUUAUGCUCGUACAAAACUUGUUCAACCAAUACUCUAAACGAGUGUUUUGGGACCUCCAGGAUCGUCCAAUUGCCAUUUCCGGUCUCGAGAAGCGACUCACGUCAGCUUUCAAUACUCGGGGAGGUUAUGGAGUUUUCCAGAUGUUUUUGGAGCGAAGUCUUCUAUGGAAGAAAAGCGACGAGACUCACACUCUCAAUCGUAUCAAGUUCCCUCCUGAACGAAACGUGCCAUCGUGGUCGUGGAUGGCGUACAAUGGAGUCAUAACUCAUGUUGAAGUUGACUUCGACAAGGUAGACUGGACCAACGAAUAUUCAUCUCCAUUUGACUCUGGCAGUGGCGCCAAAGGCAAAUGGCACUGGGAAGCUGAUGGAACGAACAGGCCCCCAGUCCUGGGACUCAGGAAAGUCCGACAAUUGGAGGAUGACACAUUGCCUCAGACAAUAAGCAUGGACAUGUCUGAAAGUAGGGAUUCCAAGAACUUUCGAUGUGUUGUCCUUGGAAAGGCUAAAUCCGACGACAAAGCUGGACCUGAUAAGCCAGACUCUCGAUGUUAUGUACUCAUUGUCAAGCCUUCAUCAGAUAUUGGUGGUGUUUUCACAAGAGCCGGGGCAGGCAUACUGCAAGACAACCAAAUUGAUUGGGAACAGUACGAGGCUGGUAAUCUCCUUUAA